UUUAAUUUGUUAAAAUUUACGGAUUUUGAGUAAGAACCACAAGGAUACCAGACCUAGGCCCAAUAUUCAAGUCACCGAUUCUCUUCGCGGUUUCAUCCUCCGUCAGACGCCAACACGCAGCACAUCAGCAGCACCGCAGCACGCCUCUUCAGUCGUCAACUACUCACAUCACUCCCGUCGCUCAGUCACCUGCUCUCAGCCACUCAACCUUCAGCGGCUCAGUCAAUCGGCGCUUCCCUCAAUUUUCACAUCCAACCAUUCAUAGUCCCGGUUACUUCAUUGCUCAACUAUCAUGAGACAAGGUGGCAAUGCUGCACAAGACACAACUGAAGACCCAGCUACUGAGGAUGUACUUGUCUCAAGUGAUGAUGAUUCUGUUGAGCAUAACAAUGAUCACUCCCAUCUAGAAUUUGAUGAGAGUGACUCAUCUUACAGGGAGGAUGAUUCUGACUCAUCUGAUGGUGAGGAUGUUUCUGAUGAUGCGAGUCAUAGUGAAGAGGAUGAGGAUGAGAGUGAUGAUUCCCAUCCAGAAGUUGAGGAGAGUGACUCAUCCGAAGAUGAGGUUGCUCCUCGAAAUACUGUGGGGGACGUUCCAUUGAAAUGGUACGAAGAUGAGGAACAUAUAGGAUAUGAUCUUGCAGGGAAGAAGAUAAAAAAGAAGGAGAAACAAGAUAGAUUAGAUUCAUUUCUCGCCAGUGCUGAUGACUCCAAAAAUUGGCGUAAGAUUUAUGAUGAAUAUAAUGAUGAAGAGGUGGAGUUGACCAAAGAAGAGGUCAAAAUUAUACGCAGAAUGAUGAAAGGAAAGGCACCUCAUGCUGCUUUUGAUCCUUAUCCGGAUUAUGUUGACUGGUUUGCCUGGGAUGGUGCAAAACAUCCACUUUCGAGUGCCCCAGAACCAAAAAGACGUUUCAUUCCCUCAAAGUGGGAGAGCAAAAAGGUCGUUCAGUAUGUGAGAGCAAUACGAAAGGGGCUGAUAAAAUUUAAUGACAAACCAAAAGAAGAACCAAGAUUCUAUAAUUUAUGGGGAGAUGAUUCGAGUUCUGUGGAAAGACAAGGAUUAUCGUAUAUUCCUGCUCCAAAGCCUAAACUGCCAGGUCAUGAGGAAUCAUACAACCCCUCAUUGGAAUAUAUCCCAACAGAAGACGAGAUCAAAUCUUAUGAGCUUAUGUUUGAGGAAGAUCGGCCUAAAUUCAUCCCGAAGCAGUUUCCUUCACUGAGAAGUGUUCCAGCCUACGAUAAAACUGUCAAAGAAACAUUUGAUCGUUGUUUGGAUCUUUAUUUAUGCCCCAGAGCUCGUAAGAAGCGGCUAAAUAUUGAUCCUGAGUCUUUGAAACCAAAGCUGCCAAGUCGUAAGGACCUCAGACCUUACCCAACAACAUGCUAUCUCGAGUAUAAAGGUCACAAAGGUCCAGUUGUUUCCAUUUGUACGGAACCUAGUGGGCAGUGGAUCGCAUCUGGUUCAAGUGAUGGAACUGUUCGCUUAUGGGAAGUUGAAACGGGAAGAUGUAUAAAAGUUUGGGAGAUGGAGGAAGAAGUUCAGCUUGUUUCUUGGAAUACUGUGCCCAGCCUUCCUAUUCUGGCAGUCGCUGUUGGAACAGAUGUCUAUCUUUUGAACACUGGGCUUGGGGAUGAAGAAGGACAAAAGAGGGUUGAAGAACUAUUGUGUUCUCAUACACCACUAGUAACAGAUGACUCUGAUAGCAACACUAACAUUGUGAGCUGGUCUAAGGAUGAUAAACAUGAAGGAAUCAGAUUAAAACACCCCAAGAAAGUUACUUCUGUUGAAUGGCAUCGUAGAGGGAACUAUUUAUCAACUCUUGCGCCAUUUGGUGAAUCAAGAGCAGCAUUUAUUCAUAAUAUCUCAAAGAAGCAGACUCAAUUAAUGCCAUUCAAGCUGCAUGGAAUUCCAGUAUCAACAGCAUUUCAUCCUACUCUCUCGGUGUUCUUCAUAUCAACCCGGAGAAAUGUCCGUGCCUUUGAUUUGAAGGCACAAAAGCCCAUUAAAAAACUUGAAACUAGAUUGAGGGAAGUAUCCUCUUUUUCCAUUCACUCAAGCGGUGACCAUGUCAUUGUUGGAACCAAAGAAGGGAAACUUUGUUGGUUUGACAUGGACCUUUCAUCUCAGCCUUAUAGAGUCCUCAAGUGUCAUCCAAAAGACAUUAACAAAGUGGCCUUUCAUCGUUCUUACCCUUUGUUUGCUUCGUGUUCUGAUGAUUGCACUGCAUAUGUCUUCCAUGGCAUGGUUUAUUCAGACCUGAACCAGAAUCCCCUUAUCGUCCCUCUGGAGAUCCUCCGCGGUCAUGUUAGGGAAAAUGGAAGAGGCAUUCUUGACUGUACGUUCCACCCAAAGCAACCCUGGUUAUUUACCGCAGGCAGUGAUUGUAUCAUCAAGCUCUAUUGUGACUAGCUGGAAUUUUUUUCACAUAGGCAUGUUCUCUUACCAUAAGGAGCCAACAACGUUAAUUUUAUGGAAAAUUAAUAUUGGUAUCUAGUUAUAUGACUUCAAUAGGUCUUCAGUUUUGGUCUUGUUUUUUGUAUCUACCUUCCUAGUUUUUGUUUUGCUAAAAUAUCAUUUCCCCAUAUGUUGUACUACUAUACUAUGAUUUUUAUUGUCUAAGAAAUAUAAUUGUUGUUUAAGAUUUUUUGUUUUGUUUUGAAGAAUUUAAGAAUAUCGUAAUUGAAGAAAGUAGUAUAUAUAGUGUCAUCAACAAAAUUAGAUGGAGUACGUUUUGACUUUUGAGCUCCGUUUAAAUCGGUUAACUUAAUAUUUUGAGAGUAGGAUUCCAUUUCCUCCCUCU